GCCAACGCCGCCAACGCCUCCGCCGCCGCCGCCGCCGCCGCUGCCGCUGCGCUCAGGCUCGAGCUCCGCGCACUCCCUCCGCGGCCGCUGAGCCGAGCGGACGCCCCUGGGGGCCGCGCCGCAGCCCUCUGUGCUCCGCCCUAUCAUGCCCGGUGCCCGGGCUGGGGCCGCCCAAGCAGCCAGGACACCAUGCCCGAGGACGGCGCUGGCGACGGCGGGGAGGUGCCCGCGCUCAUCCCGGACGGCGAGCCGCUGCGGGAAGAGCAGCGGCCCCUGAAACAGUCCCUGGGAAGCUCCCUGUGCCGCGAGUCGCACUGGAAGUGCCUGCUCCUCACUCUGCUCAUCCACGCCUGCGGGGCCGUGGUGGCCUGGUGUCGCCUGGCCACAGUGCCGCGGCUGGUCCUGGGGCCCGAGGCUGCCUUGGCCCGGGGAGCCGGUGGCCCGCCACCCACCUACCCGGCCAGCCCCUGCUCCGAUGGCUACCUGUACAUCCCGCUGGCCUUCGUCUCCCUGCUCUACCUCCUCUACUUGGCCGAGUGCUGGCACUGUCACGUGCGGUCCUGCCAGGCGCCACGCACCGACGCCCACACGGUGCUGGCGCUGAUCCGCCGGCUGCAGCAGGCGCCGCCGUGCGUCUGGUGGAAGGCCACCAGCUACCACUACGUGCGGCGCACCCGCCAGAUCACACGCUACCGCAACGGCGACGCCUACACCACCACGCAGGUGUACCAUGAGCGCGCCGACAGCCGCACGGCCCGCGGCGAGUUUGACUACUCGGCUCACGGCGUCCGUGACGUCUCCAAGGAGCUGGUGGGGCUGGCGGAGCACGCGGCCACGCGGCUGCGCUUCACCAAGUGCUUCAGCUUCGGCAGCGCGGAGGCCGAGGCCUCGUACCUCACGCAGCGGGCGCGCUUCUUCAGCGCCAACGAGGGCCUGGACGACUACCUGGAGGCGCGCGAGGGCAUGCACCUGAAGGACGUGGACUUCCGCGAGUCGCUCAUGGUCUUCGCCGACCCCCGCAGCCCGCCCUGGUACGCUCGCGCCUGGGUCUUCUGGCUCGUGUCGGCGGCCACGCUGUCGUGGCCCCUGCGCGUCGUGGCCGCCUAUGGAACAGCCCACGUGCACUACCAGGUGGAGAAGCUCUUCGGCGCCAGCUCGCCCCCGCCCGGGGCCGUGCCCAGCGGGCCCCCGCUGUCCCGCGUGGCCACAGUGGACUUCACUGAGCUCGAGUGGCACAUCUGCUCCAACCGGCAGUUGGUGCCCAGCUACUCGGAGGCCGUGGUCAUGGGCGCGGGCUCGGGCGCCUACCUCAGAGGCUGCCAGCGCUGCCGUCGCUCCGUCAGCAGCAACUCGCUGCCCCCCGCCCGGCCCAGCGGGCCCCGUCUGCCCUUCAGCCGCAGCCGCCUCUCACUGGGCGCUGGGGGCCGGGCCACGCCAGGGGUCUUCCGCAGCCUGAGCGGGGGGCCCCUGGGGCGCCGUGGAGAGGACACAGAACCCCUCGAGAGCCCGCCCUGCUAUGAGGACGCCCUCUACUUCCCGGUGCUCAUUGUCCACGGAGACAGCGGCUGCCAGGGGGAUGGGCAGGGUGCGCUCUGAGACCCCCACAGCCCCCAGAGUAGCCCCCUCCCCACCAUUCCACCAUGGGCUUAGAUGCCCGGGUGAUCGUCGUCCAAAACAGGCGGGAAAACAGACCAGCCACACACAAGGGGCAAGGGUGAGGGUGGGGGUGGGGGUCCUCAAACAGACUAAAAUGCAGUGACCCGUGGUCAUUUUGGAGGAAACGGAGGCCACCUAAGUGGAGCCUAAGAAUCGCCCCCAGCAUAGCUUCACCCCCCAAGAUGGCCAAUGAUCUGGCCUGGAGGCCUCUCACAAAGGGCAGGAGAAGAAGCUUCCAGAAAGGCUGGGAUGGAGGAGGAGUCCUGCAGCCAGCUGUUGCCUGCAGCAAAGGCUGCCUGUGGACACUUCCCUGCCGGGGCUGAGGCCAUGCUGGGAGCUUCCCAGCGACGCAGAAGCACAAAUUGGCAGGUUGGGGCCAUGCCCAGCCAGGUUGGUUUCCCUGGGGCUGAAGAGCUGGCUGUGGUGGCACCAUGGCCUUGGCCCUGCUACUCACCCAACAUUCCCAUCCUCCCCUGAUAGGCCCCUCCGUGCCUGCCCUUUCGCCCGCUGCUCAGGGCCAGUCACUGAUUGGACCUAGCAGUACUGUUCCUCCACUGGGAGCCUGGUUCUUGGAGUACAGCCUUGCCCCAUGCACCUGUACUGUUUCGCCUGGUGUCCACUGCGCCCUCCUCCCACAUUCAGCUACCCGUACAACCUGGGGUUCCUUCUCAGGGCCUCAUCUGGUCCCCACAUCCCCUGGCCUCUGCUCCUGCCUCUCAAAGUCCAUGUCUGCCUCCAUCAGUCACACACACCCAGGGACGCCCUCUCCUUGCCCUCCGGGACUUAUCUACUCUUCACUUUCCUGAUGAUCCGUGGGGCCCAGACCUAGAGGGCAUCCGAGGGGCCCGGCCUCGCCCACAGCCUGUUGGAUGAUGUCCUUGCUCCACCAUGCAGGCCCUUGCUUCUCCCAUCAAUGAGUCCUGGCCCACGGGACACUGACCCUCCCCCAGGGAGGAGAGAGGAGUUCCUUCCCUUUCAACGAAGGCUUCCACACCCUCUCAAGGGUGGUGGGGAAGGGAGGACGCUGAGAAGAUGCAGAUUAAAUAAAGGUAUGGAAUGGAA